GCGGUAUGGGCAUUGUUCCCUUUGCCUUCCCGGAAAAGGGCAAAUGUUCUAAAAAAUAUAUAUAUUCAAGCAGAAAUGUCAAAAUGGCGUCAACGCAGGACGCUUGGUAUAUUUCUUUACUUGGUUUAGCAGAACACUUUCGUACAUCAAAUCCUCCUGACAUAAAAAGUUGUAUUCAGUGUUUACAAGCAGUGUUCAAUUUCAAGCCACCACAAAGGGUCGAAGCCCGAACUCAUUUACAACUUGGUAAUAUCCUACUGACACACACUAAAAACAUCGACUUAGCGAGGACGCAUUUAGAGCAGAGUUGGUGUCUGUCUCAGACAAUAAAUGGAUUCGAUGAUGUCAAAUUUGAGGCAGCAAGUGUACUGGCUGAGCUGUUUGAGCAGCAGGGUCAGCCAACUCAUUCUAAACCAAUUCUACGAAAAGCUAUUGAAUUGUCACAACACAGUGUUUAUUGGCACUGUAGGUUAAUAUUCCAAUUGGCUCAAAUUCAUGCAACAGAACGUGAAUAUGAAGUUGCAAGCAGUUUACUAGGUGUUGGUGUAGACUAUGCACAGAUAUCUAAUGCUGCGUACACUAGAGUACUCUUUCUUCUUAGUAGAGUAAUGUUGCUGUUAAUUGACAAGAAAAUUCAAGAAGUGUUACCAUUGCUUAACCAGGCUGGACACCUAGUGGACUCAUGGGCAGGCAGUCCACACCAAAAAGAGUAUCUGAAAGUCUUCUUCCUUGUCUUACAGGUAUGUCACUACUUAAUGGCAGGGCAGGUGAAAAGUGUGAAGCCCUGCCUAAAACAGCUGCAGCAGAGCAUCCAAACUAUAAUGGCGCCUACGUGGCCAGAUGACGAUGCCGUUUGUGGCAGCGCGGCGGGCGAGUCGUUCGUAUGGCUGUCGCGGCAGCAGCUCUAUGUGCUGGUGUACCUAGUGACCGUGAUGCACUCCGCGCAGGCCGGCUAUAUGGACAAGGCGCACAAGUACACGGAGAAGGCGCUCGCGCAGAUCGACAAACUUACAUCGAGCGGAUGCACAGAGGAGUCGAGCGGCGUGACCGCCCGCAGCGGGGCGACGCUGGCGUGGCGGCUGCGCAUGGCGCUGGUGGAGCACGCGGCGCUGUGCCGCCUGGUGGCCGGCGGCAAGGCGCACGCGCUGCACGAGAUAGCGCGCGCCGCGCACCUGCUCACCGUGGCGCCCGCGCCUUGCAGCGCAGCAGCUCACACGCCGCAACUCCACUGCCUGCUGGGUCUGUACGCGAUGUCCAUGAAUUGCAUGGAGGCUGCUGAAGCGCAGUUCCUAACCGCCAUCCAUAUGUCACAAGAAAGAGAUUUAUGGAUGUUUGCGAAGCUAAACUUGGCGAUAGUAUACCUGCGGGGAAGGAGGGACAACGACUUAGCGCAACUAAUGGAACAAGUAAGGCCGGAAGCGUUGCCCGCGUACGCGCAUGGUCUGCGGGCGGCAUCGUACUACGUGCUGGGACUACAGGCGUUUUUCCAGGCGCGGUAUAAUGAAGCCAAGCGGUACCUUCGCGAGACGUUAAAAAUGGCGAAUGCCGAAGACCUUAACAGACUGACAUCUUGUUCGUUGGUGCUGCUGGGCCACAUAUUCCUGUCCAUAAACAACUCGCGGGAAAGCAUGAACAUGGUCACGCCGGCCAUGCAGUUAGCCAGUAAAAUACCCGACGUUCAUGUGCAACUAUGGGCCUCCGCUAUACUCAAAGAUUUGUACCGGUUGGCGGGCGAUACGGAGCGAGAGAACGAAGCGUACCAGAUGCACUGCAACUUCUCACAGGCCCUUCUCAAGGACCACUUCCAGGCGACGCAGAUGCCCCAGCAUGCGCUAGUCCAUUGGACCAGCGGCCCCCCUCCCGCGUUGCCGCCCGCUUCUGCGCCCGAUCACCCUGCGCCUUAGCCGCACCAUCAUGCCGUCUCACUCGCACACAACGCGGUGACGUAAGCGGCGCGGGAACGUUGAGGUGCGUGCUUCUACUAUCACAGUCGCCUCUGCGAAGUAGCACCCUGCAAUGCGAUGACGUGAAGUGUAGCGAUGGAAACCUACGCCUUAGUCGCAUUAUCAUGCCGUCUCACUCGCACACAACGCGGUGACGUAAGCGGCGCAAGAACGUUGAGGCGCGUGCUUGUGUACACCCCGGGAAACUUCUUGAGCAACGACCAUAGACAAGGGGAAGCCUGCGCAGUAGCAAUUUCACAUACAAAACGUAUACUGCGCAAGUUUAUUUGUCUGUCGCUUUGCU